AAUGCCGUUAUAUACAAAAAGAGGUUAUACCUUUCACUUUUUCUGGAGCAAAAAGAAAGAUUCGAGUAGUAUAAAAUAAAAGUACGAGAAGUAAAAUGAAAAGAAAAGGUUUAAGAAAGUGCUUCAACAAACGUGAACACUUACAAGGAGUCACAUAUCCUUGUAGACAAAUUACCGGAUAUUAAGAGUGAUACUUUCAUAAAAUUUUCAAUUAAUCAGAUAACUUAAAAAGUAACGAAUUUUCUAUAUAAAUUUUCAAUUAAUGAAAUUGGUUUAUUAAUAAUAUUUAAUUAACAGUGAAACCAAUCUGUGAUCAAUAAGAAAGUAACUAAAGUUAAGAAAUUUGUUGUACAAUAUGGGGUCCACGAGUUAUAAAUAAAACAAGAAGUAUUAAAUAUUUAUCUGUAUUAUAAACAAGACUUGCAAAUGUUUAUAGUCUUAUCAUUUAUUUUACUAUCUACUUUAUCAUAACAAUGAAAAGCUGAAGUAAUAGGAUAGAUACAUCAAUCGAAGAAUACUUAUAUUCAUAGCAAACAAUUUUUGGAGUCAUUGUUUAUUUUAUCAUCAUGGAAAUAAAACAAAGAACAACGACAAUAGUGUCUAAGGAAAAAUUUAAGAAGGAGAAGAAAAAUUGCACAAGUUCGGAAAAUGAAUCAAAAGUAGUAUCAAUCGUUUUUCGAUCAUUAAUCUUAGACUUGUUAGCUUUUACAAUGAUUCUGCCGCUUUUACCAGCCCUUUUAGAUUAUUAUAAAGAAGUUGAUCAAGGCAAAGGAUUAUAUUCUUGGAUAUUAAAUCAUGUAAAAACCUUACAAGUAACGCUUAAUGCUCCUGAACGAUUUAGUUCUGUUUUAUUUGGAGGGUUUUUGGGAUCAAUGUAUUCAUUUUUACAGUUCUUGGGAAUGCCUAUCAUUGGUGCUUUGUCAGAUAUUUACGGAAGGAAACCUCUGAUGAUAUUAUGCUUAUCGGGUGUCGCAUUUUCAUAUCUAUUAUGGGCUGUUUCACAGAAUUUUGCAAUCUUUGUGAUUGCUAGAUUUUUCGGUGGAAUAAGCAAGGGAAAUAUCAGUUUGUCUAUGGCUAUAAUUACUGAUGUUACUACCCCUAAAACUCGAGGGAAGUCUAUGGCUCUUGUUGGAAUAGCAUUUUCAAUAGGAUUCAUUGUGGGUCCAAUGAUAGGAGUGAUUUUUUCCAAGAUUUCUAACAAUGAAAAAGAAGAAUUCUGGUACAUAUAUCCAGCUCUCUUUGCUCUUUUCUUAGCACUGAGUGAUUUAUUUUACGUAAUGUACUGUCUUGAGGAAACUUUACCUGUACAUCUACGUGCCAAGUCUCUUGCUAGGGGCAUUUCCGGUGCAAUGAUUUACAUCAAUCCCUUGGAUUUAUUCCAAUUCAAUGGAGUCACUGGCCUAACUUCACAAGAAUUGAAGAGUUUAAGAACAUUAGGAUAUUCGUAUUUCCUUUAUUUAUUUAUCUACAGUGGUCUAGAGUUUACUCUAACAUUUUUAACGCAUCAUACGUUCCACUUUACAAGUAUGCAACAGGGAUAUAUGUUUUUAGUUAUUGGUUUGACAAUGGCAAUUCUACAGGGCUGCUUUGUUCGUCGCAUUCCUGCUGACAGAACAAAAUUCACUGCCGAAUUGGGUCUUUGGCUUGUGGUACCAGCCUUUAUCUUCAUUGGAAUAGCUAGCAAUGUAACUUCACUGUACUUUGGAGUAAUUAUUUUUUCAAUUUCUACGGCCAUGGCUGUCACGUGUAUGAUGACCCUGGUAACACGUAUUGGGCCAGAAAAUCAAAAAGGAACAAUUACAGGGAUAUUUAGGUCACUAGGAUCAUUGGCACGCAGCUGUGGACCUAUUAUUGCUUCGAUAGGUAAUCAUAUUGGAGCAUUGGAAGCAAUACGACGUACUGCAUUGGUGCUUUUUUUUUGAUCUUCCCGCCUCUUAUAUUAAAUAAAGUAUACGUUCCAUGACCAAGACAUAAGACUAUUUUUGAAGUAUUUUUUUAUUAUUAAAUUAUUAAAUUUAACAUUUUUAUUAUUAUUUAAUCUAA